GAUGUCAUGGUAGCUCCAUCUAUGCGACUUUAUUGUACAUGGCAUGUUGAUAGAUGCUGGAGGAAAAAUAUCAAAUGUAAGAUUCAAGGUGUAGAAAAACAAGGUGAAGUAUACAAACAAAUCAGAACUUUGAUGCAUGAGCAGGAUGUAGAUUCAUUUGAUGAGAUGUUAAAUAUUGUGCUAGAGAGAUUGGAAUGUGAUCCUGAUACAGUUCAAUUUGCCACAUACUUCCGAGACAACUAUGUUGGAAAUGCAAAUUGUUGGGCAUAUUGCCAUAGAUUGAAUGCUGGAAUCAAUACCAACAUGCAUAUAGAAAGAAUGCAUCGCACUAUUAAAUAUAUAUACCUAGGUAGUAAAUGUGUCAAGCGUUUAGACAAAGCUAUUUUUGCAUUGAUGUCAUUUGUGAAGCACAAGCUGUUUGACAGGCUUAUUGUGCUAAAUAAAGGUAAACUGACGAGUAAACUUAAGGACAUUCGCCUUCGGCAUAAAUCGGAAUAAUAUUAAGGAGGACUUCAUUACUAUGGAGUUUUCUGGUUGGAAAGUGCGUUCUUCUUCAAGAAGGUCAACAGAUUAUUUUGUAUAUGAUAAUGACUUUCAGUGCAACUGCAGAUUGAUGUGCAUUAAAUGUAGGGCUUGCAUUCAUAGGUAUUCUUGUACAUGUAUUGACUAUACCAUCAAAUGGAAUAUGUGCAAGCACAUACAUAGUGUUUGCCAGAUUCAGUUAAAGCAGCAACCUUCUGAACACCUAGGAAAUAGUGAAGUUACACUUAUUGAGAGUGAAGAUAUUUCUGUUGUAGACGAGAAAACAGAAAUACUAGCGGAGGUAACGAAAAAAAGUGUUAAUGAUUCUGUACCUUUGUCAGUCCAAAGAAGGGAACUUAUCGCAGAGUUUUCUGAUAUUGUAUCUGAACUGACCUCAAAUGACUUGGAAACUGCUAAAAAAAUGUUAUCAUCACUAAAGGCAACUGUAGCUGUCGGAAUGUUGCAGCAAAAACAGGCACCGCUGCAAAUAGAAAGGAAACAAGCACAAAAGAUUUUACCUCAACGUAGACUGUACUCUACGAAGAAAAACAAAAAGAGUAAUAAUGCAUCCCUGGUGCUACCAAAUCCAGAAGAAUCCAGUUUGAUCAAAUUAUCUGUACUGGCAGACAAAGAAGAUGCACUUGUGGAAAAAGGUUCAGCUGUUCAAAAGCAACCAACAAUAAAAAAUACAGAGGUUGUAGCAGGUCCAUUCCCCAUUACAGCAUGUGCCGUACAGCACGGCCCGACGAAUCGCUCAACUCCCAUGAUUCAGCCAAUAGCAAAACAGGCUGAGGUGGUAUCUGGUCCGUCUCUCGCUACAUCGUAUGUGCUGAAACACAGCCCGAGGAAUAGCUCAACUUCCACAAUUCAACCAAUACCAAAACAGGCUGUGGUGGUACCACAUCCAUCCAUCGGUACUGUGCGUGUGUUGCUACACAGCUCAACAAAUGGUGCUGUUCUCUCAAAUUUAAACCAGUGACAGGGCAGGAUAAGAUGGUAUCAGUGCCUUCCCUUACUACAGCGCAUGUGCUGCAACACGGCUAUGGAAUGGUUGGUUGUGAGACAGCAUGGAUGUGAUAGAUGGAACUACACCAUCGAAUAUGCCUCUGAGAAGCACAAGCAGAAUGUGGAGAUGGUACAGGAUGAAGCAUGUAUCAUUGACCAUGACACCUAGCCAAACUGCUAGGUACAGAGUUCAGCUGUGUGGAGAUGUACUUCAUAGUGUUUACAAUCGCAACAUCAAGGGCACCUGCAGCUGCAGGGAAAGAUUCUCAGAGUGAAGGUCGAAGGUGCUGCACGUCAUAUUGGACAGAUCGUGCUUCAGUAGUGUGGUAAUUUGCUGUCAGUCAGUGUGACUGCACUAGACAUGUUGGUCAACUCUGGUCAAGUGCAGACUAACUUUUUUUUUAGUUAGGCUAUGUGCUAGGAUCUUUGAAUUAUUUUCAACUUAGAGCAACAUUGUUCCUUUUAUUUGAUUAUUUUCUCAGAAUGUGCCAUACGGUAUAUAGGCAAGAUUGUGAACUUACUUUGUAUGAGUGUUUUUCUCCAUAAUUCUCUCCCAUGCCGCUCAGAUGUCUAAAAAUGUGUUCUUUAUGAAGACUGUCUCUGUAAGUUGAAGCAGUGACCAGCAACACAAUAUUCUGUUUACUCUUGAUUCAAUGCUUAACAUAUUCUGCAAUUGGCACUUAUUACAAGUUAAUAGCACAUGCAUAAGCCAACAGCAAGUGUGUUAAUUGCUAAUAUUUGAAACUUGUGAGUAGCUAAAUGACAUGAUGCUAGUUUAAUGGCUUCCUACUGCCCUCACAAAUUAUAAACAUUAGUUUUUGAAAUUUUUUUCCCAUUCACACCACUUUUCAGCACCUGAUAUGUGCUUGCAACAUUUUUGCUGUUUGGAAAGGUUUUAAAAAAUUUUAUUUAAACACAGUUAGCCAAGAUAUUUUUAGCCAAAGUAAUCAAAGUUUAAUUCUGCUAGCUGCAAUGGUAUGCAGUGAACUCUUUAAAUGCUACUAGUAGACCUUACAUGAGGAUUGAUUGUUGGGAGAUAUGAUAGUUACUUUAUGCAUUGAUUAUCUCUUUGUUCUGUGUUCAGGAUAUAUAUAAUCUUCACAUGCAGGUUCACAACAAAUAAUAUGGUAGUUUAUGCUUUGAUUAUCUUUUUGUUCUGUGUUCAGGAGUGUAACAGGCUCGUACUGUAUGUGAUGAGACUAAAAGUUUUCCAAUGAGAGUGUGGAUGUGCAGUUCUUAACAUACUAGACUUCCAUUUGUUGGUGUGACAGUCAAUUCCUAAUCUAACAACACAGGUUUGUUUUUUUCACUAUUUUUGAAACUCCCUCCAGACUAAUAGCCAGAAUGCUUCUUUUGAGAAUUUAGGGAUUUUUCCUCCUAACUUUGGAUGCCUGUUUCGUUGUUAGCUGUUUCACCCUGUCAGUUACAUAUAAUGGUAAAAUUUUACUUGCGGUUCAGGUGGCGUGCUGUGCUGAUGUCAACAGCAUGAAAUAAAUAAUUAAUCCUGUUCCUACUCUAUGGUUGACGUGUUCUUGCAUGUACCCGCAUCUGCCAGUAAAUUAAUUAUCCUAGUAAAGCGAACAUUUAGAAAAAGUGCUUACAAGAAAUGAAAUAUUAGAGAAUAAUUUCCAGCACUGCACGGUCGUUGCCAACAUCACCGCACGAGGGCGCUUAAGCCGUAAGUAAAGUUUAACCCAUAUAAAUGUGAUAUCUUCUUGUUUCCUCAUUGUCAUGCCACAAGGAGCAUGAGUGCACCAGUUAAUGUGCAGCAAUAAGUUAAUAAGUUACUUGUCCUGUGAUGAGUCGGAGAAUUAAAGUGCCAUAAGAUUACACGAAGCUUCCUGGUACGACAGUGGCCACCAAUAGACACUGUAGUACUCGUGAGGAUGAAUGUGUCAAGUUGACAGAUUCUCAGUAUGUCCUACAAAUAAUUAUUUGAUAGUGUGCACACUUGAUCGUAUUUGGGCCUAACUUUUUGUUCUUAGUAUUGGUUACGUUGAAGCUGCUGUGCAUCUCAUCUCUACUGUGAUUUUCAGAGCAACUGUAUUACCUAAAUUUCUAAUCCAAAGUUCCAUUAAUGUGGUUGUUCUUGAAUCCUGUAGUCUAGGAUUAUCUUUUCACACAAUUUCUUACGGUAUUUCCAGUACUUGAGAAGGAACUCACAAAUUGUUCAUUGUUUUGAACACACAUUAUCCACUGCCCACUUACUGUUCCAUAUUGAAGCACAACUACUGUUUUGUAAUAGGAUUAGUUACAUUUGGCUUGUAAAUGUCAUGUGACGUUACACAUUGUGCCACAAUAAUCUUUACUAAUUGUUGAUUGUGUCUAAAAUUAAUAAAGUCUUAGGCCAACAUUCCUUACUAGUUCCAAACUGUUUGCAGUUUUCACCACUGGCUUGUGAAAUAUACUUGAUUACACUUUCGAUACACAUAAUGUGCCCAGUGCAUGUCAGGAGAGCACCAAACUGGGCAGUGACUUUUAAGUAUUUUAUUUACUGCCAAAAAUAUGUCAAUAAAUGUGAUCUUUAAAAACAAAUAAAUCACCAAAGUAAAAACUGAGAUUAACCCAUCUGGAACUGACAAACUUCCAUUGCUUGACUGAUUGCUGUGGGAUGUUGACAGUUGGAUAAAAUGGUGUCUCUUUCCUUCGCAACAUAUAGUGUAAAACAUCAUCCCAUCCCCUGUGUUAGUCUCACCUGCAAAGUUAACAAACAUCCAAAGGUUAUACUUGACAGUAUUACAUUUCCAGAUCAGGAUGAUCAGUAUUUAAAUUCUGGUUUUCUGUACAUUUGAGGUGCAAUGGGUCUCAUUUGCCAUGCCUUGUUGAUGUCUUAUGCUGAUUUCUCUUAGACAGGUAACUUUUUGAAACUGAAUAAGCUCGCUGCACUGUUCAUGGUAACAUAACUUAUUUAUAGUUUCCAUCAGAUAAUACUAACCUUACAAGAAUUCUUGAGCUAUAAUUUAUGGGUUGAAAGGCUGUGGUCAGUGUAUAAAACUACUACUCCAAGUGCGGGAGACAUCUUCAGAGGUACAAUGGUAACUUCCAUUCUACCUCGGAAGAUGUCUCCCGCAGUUAGAGAUGAAACGUCAGGAAGAAGUAAUGUUAUACAUCAACCAUGGCCUUUUAACCUGGAAAUUUUGACUCAAGAAAAUGCUGGCCAUGAAAGUCUACAUUGUAUGACUUUACAAAAAUUGUCACCUGCUGUGUCCCAUAGAAGUAAAUAGUUAAUAGUAGUAAUGUUUAAGCACAUACUAAAUAAAUCAAUCAUAUUCAGCAACAUGUUCAAGCAUAUUAUUUAAGGAUGUAUCAUUCAAAAUUAAGCACAAUUUGUUUGUUUUCACUGAGAAAGAAAUAGAACUACACAAACAAUGUAUUCUACACUAUGCUAAUCUUUAUUUUACCUCUUUGUGCUGCUGUGGAUUGGAAAUAAUACCUGGCAGAAGAGAUAUGGUGUGAUUUGGGUCCAUUGUCUGAAUGGAAAUGUUGGUAUACUUAAAAGCUUUAUAGAAGAGGUCAGGACAUGUCAAAUUAGCAACAGAUAAAAUAUUUGCACACCGUUAUUUCUAGAUACUAUUUUUGUACUACAAUAUGCUAAGAGGGCAGAUUCUCUAUAUUGAUCUGUUUCACCUUGUUAAAGUACUUAACACUAUGUUGCCUACUAUGUAGCCUUUUGACAUUGCAUACAGCUAAACAAAAGGACGCUUUCAUUUUGGGAACUGCUUUUCAACAAUGAAAUUAUUUCAGAGAUAGUACUCAGUACCAUUGAAAAAGACUACAUCAUUGCCAGAUAAGUAAAGCAAAAUUGUCUCAAAAGUAACUGACACUACGUAAAUCAAGAUAAUUGUUGGCUUUUGUUAUUUUUGGUGUGUGAAGAACUGGAUUGGUUGUAUGCUAUAAACGGCACUGGCAGACUGAAUUUUUGAGCUACUAUACCCUUGAAAUGUCUAUUAUUUUGCCUUCGAUUCGAUGUUUCAGCAACCUGUGAUGCCAGGAAACUCACAGAUAAACUAAAUCAUGUGCCAGAUGUCGAGCACCAUUGUGUUUGGAAGUUCCAUUGUUCUGUGUGCAAACAGUUUUGGAAGUUUGGAUGAAUCAAGUUUCUGAAACUGACUGGAAAGAAACUUAAUUAUCAAAAACUAAGAUUGUAUUGCAAUUCAUGAUACUGUGAAAUAUUUUUAUAAUUGCUGUACAUUCAGCUAAAAGUUACAGUAAAAUUUUCUUGUAAGUUAUGCCUGCAGAAAGUUUUGUACUGAAUUUAAUCUUUUCUUUUGGUUUAUAAUUUUGAUGUAAAAUCUAUUUUCUGUUUAAAUAUGAAGUUUCAAUUGUGUAUCUUAAUAUUUGUAGCUGAUGUGUAGAAUAUUUGAAAACUGUUUUUUCACAUUCUGUAUGUUCUACACGUCACUGUAUUACUUCAUAAAGUCUAUAAGAUAUGAUGACAAAUUAUGAAUAUAGUCUUAAAAUUGUACUAAUAAA